AUGGCCACAGAAGAGAUUAACGAGGAAGAUGAAUAUUGUAAUGAUCCAGGGGAAAAAGAUGAACCACUUCAGGAGCGCCACAACCCAGAAUAUUGGCACAUGGGGCAAGCCACAAAUGAGUGUCAACAUUGUAAUGCACUCUUUUGGUACGAGGAACGCAUUGGCAAACAUACCAACUCUACCAAUCCCAAAUAUACUCUUUGUUGUAGGGGUGGUCAGGUCAAACUACCUCCAUUUAAGGAACACCCUCUGUUUCUCAACGAGUUGUUUUUUGGUCGUAACACACCAAGCAAGCAUUUUCGGGAGAAAGUCAGAUUGUACAAUAGCAUGUUUGCAUUUACAUCUAUGGGUGGUAGAGUUCAGAAAGGGACGAGAAAAAGUAAAGGACCACCAACUUUCAUUUUAGGUGGUCAGAAUUACCACCUCAUGGGUAGCUUAUUACCACCUGAAGGAUCACCUGCUAAAUUUUCAACAACAUCAAACACGAUCCAUGCAUCUAUUGUGCAGUCUCUUAAGGAGACAUUAGACAAUACCAAUGUGUUAGUUAAGUCUUUUCGCAUGGUUCGAGAUUCACUACAUAAUGGUCAACAAACAAACAUCAAGUUAAAACUCAUUGGAAAAAGACGGAAGGAUGGAAGGAGAUACAACUUACCGACCGUAUCAGAAGUUGCAGCAUUAAUUGUUGGAGAUUUCGAUUCAUCCAGACUAGAGAGGGACAUAGUAGUUGAGUCCCGUUCUGGAGCGCUCAAGCGGAUAACCGAGCUACACCCAGCUUACCUGCCUCUGCAAUACCCAUUGCUUUUUCCCUACGGUGACGACGGAUUUAGAGAGAAUAUAGUGAAGAAUACUCCUAAUAAAAAGGAUGACCAAGAUGACAAGUAUGUUACAAUGCGGGAGUGGUUUGCAUAUAGGAUACAAGAUAGGUUUGCAGACGCGUCCCCUCUACUAUAUUCUGGAAGGUUGUUCCAACAGUUCAUAGUAGAUGCCUAUACAAUGAUUGAGACAUGUCGUUUGAAUUAUAUUAGGUACAAACAAAAAGAACUUCGUUGUGAUAUGUAUAAAGGCAUUCGUGAAGCAGUUCUGAAUGGAGAGACUGAACCUGCUUCUAGGGGUAAGCGUAUAGUGCUUCCAGCUUCCUUCACAGGUGGAGCUAGAUAUAUGAUCCAAAAUUAUCAAGAUGCCAUGGCUAUAUGUAGAGUGGUAGGCUACCCUGAUUUGUUCAUCACACUUACAUGCAAUCCUAAGUGGCAAGAAAUCCAAGAUCAUGUUUGCAAUCGUGGAUUAAAGGCAGGAGAUCGUCCAGACAUCGUAUGCAGGGUUUUUAAGGCUAAGCUUGACCACAUGCUACGGGACUUUCGUGUCAACAAGCUUUUUGGUAGAGUCCGUGCACUUGUAUACACCAUUGAGUUCCAGAAGCGUGGUCUCCCACAUGCACACAUUCUAUUAUUCCUUCAUCAGCAAGACAAAUACCCUACUGGUACAGAUAUUGAUCAAAUCAUUUCAGCAGAAAUACCACAUCAAACAGCAGACCCUGAGUAUUAUGAAGCUGUCAAGACCCUUAUGAUGCACGGACCAUGUGGCAUCAUUCGCAAAGACUCCCCUUGCAUGGAAGAUGGAAGAUGCAUUCGUAACUUUCCCAAGAGGUAUGUUGAAUCUACCACCCUUGACGAUGAAGGAUAUCCGGUAUAUCGUCGCAGAGAUGAUGGUCGAUUUAUCAACAUAAAUGGUGUCGAUCUAGACAAUCGCUAUGUUGUUCCUCACAAUAGGUUGUUACUUAUGAGGUAUGGUGCUCACAUAAAUGUUGAGUGGUGUAACCAAUCAAGAUCAAUCAAAUAUCUAUUCAAGUAUGUAAACAAAGGAAAUGAUCGGGUAACCGCUUCCUUUUAUCAGAGUUCUUCACAAGAUAUCAACCAGGAUACUAUAGAUGAGAUCAGCAUAUAUUAUGAUUGUAGAUACAUUUCUCCAUGCGAAGCUGCAUGGAGGAUCAUUGGAUAUGAUAUCCACUAUAGAGAUCCUUCUGUUGUUCGACUAUCAUUUCAUCUUCCAGAGGAACAAACGGUAGUUUUUGAUGACAACGUCACUCUCGAUAAAGUGCAAGAAAAGGCAACUGUCAAAGAGUCAAUGUUCUUAGCAUGGUUUGAAGCAAACAAGAAAGUUCUUCUUAAUUUGGUAAAGGGACCCACAUGUUAUACAGACAUUCGUUUUCACAAUGGUAUCACUCAUGGUUCUUUCAGAGAUGCAUGUUAUGCACGAGGUUUGUUGGAUGAUGACAAGGAAUACAUUGAUGCAAUAAAAGAAGCCAGUCAGUGGGGUGCUGCUCCUUACUUAAGAAAUCUAUUUGCUACAUUGUUAUUCUCAAAAUCAAUUGAACGACCUGAAUAUGUAUGGGAAGAAACAAAGAUGUUAUUAUCUGAGGACAUCCUCCACCAUCAAAGGAAACUACUUAACCAUCCAGGCUUGCAAUUAACCACUUCUCAAGUUGAAACCCUUACCCUUAUUGAAAUUGAGAAAAUUUUGAACAUUAACAACAGGAGCUUAAAAGAUUGGGAUACGAUGCCCUUUCCUUCAGACAAUAUGUCGAGUUGGGAUCCUUAUUCUAAUUCAUUGAAUCGUUUGAUAGUUGACGAGCUUGGAUAUGAUAGAAGCUCCUUGCAUAUAGAGCACAAUACAUUGAUUAAACAGAUGACCUCAGAACAAUUGUCUGUGUACGAAAAGAUUAUGAACAGUGUUGAAAGUUGCUCUGGUGGUGUAUAUUUUUUAUAUGGAUAUGGUGGUACAGGUAAGACCUUUGUAUGGAAUACAUUGGCAUCAGCUUUGAGAUCAAAGGGUGAUAUUGUCCUAACAGUUGCAUCAAGUGGAAUAGCUUCAUUGUUAUUACCCGGUGGUAGGAUAGCACACUCAAGAUUUGGUAUCCCAUUGAACCUUGACGAAUACUCUACAUGUAAUAUCAAGCAAGGAAGCCAACUAGCUGAGCUUAUCACAAGGUGUAAGCUAAUUAUAUGGGAUGAAGCCCCAAUGGUCCAUAAAUUCUGCUUUGAAGCGCUAGACCGGACAAUGAGGGAUAUUAUGCGUUUUAGCAACAGAAAUAGUGAAUCAAUGCCAUUUGGCGGAAAGACUAUUGUAUUUGGUGGAGACUUUCGGCAAAUCCUACCAGUUAUUCCUAAAGGCAGCAGACAAGACAUUGUAAAUGCAACCAUAAAUGCAUCCUACAUAUGGGACCAUUGUCAAGUGUUAAAAUUAACCAAGAACAUGCGAUUGCAAGCUGCACAUACAAGCGUUGAUAGAGCUGGCCUUGGCGACUUUGCUGAGUGGAUCCUUAAAGUUGGAGAUGGUGCAAUUGGCAACAAAACGGAUGGUUCAUGUACAAUUAAAAUCCCAGGCGACAUUCUCAUAAGAGAUUGGCAUGAUCCAAUCAAGGCAAUAACUUUCUUAAGCUCGGAUACUGUAUCUAAAUCUGAGUUUCAAAAUGAUUUCAUUGCAAGUAUCCACACUCCUGAGUUUAUCAAUACAAUAAAAUGUUCCGGAGUCCCAAAUCAUGUGUUGAAGUUGAAGGUUGGCAUCCCAAUAAUGUUGUUAAGAAACAUAGACCAUUCAGCUGGAUUAUGCAAUGGAACUAGAAUGGUGAUAACCAAGCUUGGUAAAAGAGUAAUCAAAGCUAAGGUUCUAUCAGGGACAAGCAUGGGUCAAGAGUUCUUUAUACCAAGAAUGACACUGACACCAUCAGACCAUAGAAUACCUUUUAAGCUUCAAAGAAGACAAUUUCCAAUUAUGGUUUCUUAUGGUAUGACCAUCAACAAGAGCCAGGGCCAAUCAUUGUCUCGAGUAGGUUUAUUGCUAAAGAAGCCUGUUUUUUGUCAUGGUCAGUUAUAUGUUGCUAUUUCAAGAGUGACGAGUAGGAGUAGUCUCAAGAUUGUGGUUGCACACGACCAUAAAGAGGAUGAAUGUGUCGAUGACACACACAAUGUUGUUUAUAAGGAAGUAUUUAGAAAUGUAAGCUAA